UCCUUCUCCCACAACCUUUCAACCUAUACCAUUUGAUAAAACUCCCUAUAAACGAAACUCUCAAUAUAAAUUUAAAUCAAUCCUAUGUAAUUAUGAAUGAACAUUUCAUCCAAUACAUGAGCAAACCUUGUACAUCCAUUGAACAUACGUUUUACUGCCCAAAAGAAGAGCUAAAGAACUUGACCUCUGAAAAAUGCAUACCAAAAAUCAUUCAAAACAAGGAAGCAACCUGUGACGUCAUCGAAACCACCAUCAACAGUAGUAUCACCCAACCAGAAGAAGGAUUCAUACUAUUAAUUAAUUCCCCGACCACGAAGAUGACUUCAACAUGUGGAAUCGAUGACAAAUUUAUCUCCGGAACCCUGCUUUUACAUUAUGAAGAAUGUGAAAUAAAAAUUAACAAUAUUAUCUACAAAAACAAAUUAACUAUGUUUUGGGAUCAAAUUAAAAUUAUUCCAUCAAUUUUUAUAAAAAUUAAUAACUCUCUUCAUUUAGACAAAUUUAAUAGCAGUACAUUGGAAGCAACCAAAAUAACCAACACCGAAGUUAUCACUUUGACCAAAGAUAUGCCAGACCACCGACCAGAGUUUUUGAUUUACAUCAUCAUCAUCUUUAUCUUAACUGCAACCAUACUAUACCUUAAACGUCAUAGAAACAAUAAUCCUGAAGAGGAAGCAAUGGACCAAGAAGCUCCGAACGAUAAUGUUACAUUAUCAUGGCCGUCACUUCAUACUUAGGCGGGAGGAGUUAUGAAUCUUCAUAAAUAUAUAUAUAUACAAUAUCAAUGUAAUCAUAACCUUUACUUAAUGUUCAUUAUAAAUAAUAUUAUAUUUCAUUUAAAUUUGAUUGUCAGCACAUAGUUGCUUUAUUUUGAAUUUGUAAACUAAAACCAUUUAAAUUCAGGUGUGAGAAGCCUUCUGCAUUUCCGUUCUCACACCAAAUAAUAAAUAUGUAUCUAUAGUUUGUUCUCAUUGUGAAGGUUAUGAAUUAAAAAUCUUGUGCAUUUGAUUUUUGGACGUCGACAAAUAAAGUUGUUUAUUUUUUUAAAAAAAAACUUUCGUUGUUAACUUAAUUCGCGCUCCAUUAUUUGUUCCCUCAAAGUUUUAUCUUACAUUUUGAUUAAAUACAUUAAAAUUCAUUGUAAAUCAUUUAAAUUAAAUUCAGCCAGAUUAAAUUGAUUUUGAUGAAAAAAAAAAAACUAACCAAGUGCGUCUUUUCAUUUUUCUGAACAAAACUGUGGGAAGAGAAUCCCACAUAAAUAUAAAAAAUGGAAGAAGAAAAAAGAGAUCUUACUAAAGAAGAAUUAGAAAUCGAAAAAAAUAAUAAAAAUAGUGUAACAAAAGUGUCAGUAACUUACAACCAACAUCAUUUAGUCAAUAAUGCUAGGAAAUUAAAAUUAAUACUUAAAAAAUCACAAAAUGAAAUGUAUAAUGCUUUGUUCAAUAAAAAAAGAAUAGGUAUCUGGAACAAAAAAAUUGUAUUGUAACUAUUAAUUAAACGAAAGAAAAAUUAUUUGUAUUUAAAAAAAAGAAAUAUAUAUAAAUAUAAAAAUGGCAAGGUUGGGUUCUGAAUUUGAAUUUGAAGGGGAACUUUUAAAUAAGGAGUUUACUUUUAUAACGAAAGAAAGUGGGACUAUAGUUAAUUUAACGUUGGCCCAAAUUUCAGAAAACUAUAAAAUCAGUUAUUCAGUUAUUGAAGAAGAAUAUGUAGUUUUUCAUGAAAACAGGUCAUUCAAAAGAAGUUUAUUUUUACAAGUAUUAGAAGAAGAGGGUAAAGAUAAGGAACGGGUAUCGAAGACAAUG